ACGUUGCUCUUGGGUGGAACGUAUUGGCUCUGUGCAAGAGUUGGAGAAGUCUUUCACUCACUCGCUCUAUCUAGCUAGAUAUGGCUGAAGCAUUAAAAGUAGAUCCUGAAUGGAAUGAUAAGUUGAGGCCUCACAUGUUACAAGUGGCUGAGAUUCUGAAUCCACGUAGAAAUCGGCUUCCUUCUUUACUGUUCAGUGCGCGUCUUCUUAAUAAUAACGAAGAAGAAAAGUUCUCAAAAUCAACUGAAACAGAGACAGAUCUGGCUCUGGGCAUUUUGCGUGUUCUUAGGAGUGGCGGUCCUGGAACAUUCAACAUAUUUUGUGACGUACUUCUAAAAGUUGAAGACGGCGCAUUACAGAAGAUAGAAAAGUUUCUACGUCCAAACCGUCAAGAAGACAUUGACAGUCACCGUGCGGCUGAAAAAAGCAGUUCGUACGAAGUAACAGAGCGACAGGACGGUCAAGGACGAGAGUUUUCGUCCAGUGGCAGCUUGUCUCAGAAAGCACCAAGUAGCAAGUCUGUUUAUUUCCUGGUAAAAGACGAGUAUUUUAAAGAGUUUGAAAUGCUUAAGCUUGGACAACAGCUAGGACAUGCUCUUUCUUCAAAGCUUGGUGUUCCAGAAGAAAAUAUUAUAAGUUAUCCUGUAAAAGAGGACCACCCUUUCAAAUUCAAUGAGAAUACAAGCACGAUAAUUCAUGUUGCCGACAAUGCGUUAGUUACAAUUCUCGUGGAAGGAGUGGAGAAGACAGAGAUGGAACAACACGUCAACUUUAUUACUGUUUUUCUCUCAGUAACCAUCGAAGUCAAAAAAUCGCAAGUUGAAAUUGUGCAAGUUUUGCCUUUAAGCAGUUGUUUGUUGGUUAUUCGAAUACCGGGGUUGGCCAUGGUGCGCCUUCUCGUUAUUGUUUUGAACCCACUAAGUCAGCCUAUCUUUCUUCACAAACUUGCAGAAGUCUUGCCUACGUCAGCCUUUCAAGUUAGAUUUGGAUUUUCUUCACUUCCACAUUUUUCAGUUGGAUUACCGUCAGUGCGUUCUUCAACAACAGUUCCUGUAAAGAAAAUUCAACAGUCUGUUGAACAUCACCCAACAGAAUCUGAUGGAGACUAUGACACUGAAGUAGAUGGUAAACGCCCUAGAUAUGAUGAUCUAGUCCGUUACAGCGCAGAUGCCGUCGUCAUCGGUGCCGGUCCUCUUGGGUCUACAUACAGCCGCGAGCUAGUGGACGGCGGUAUGACAGUCAUUAUGCUGGACGCGGGACCGCAGCUCUCGCCGACGCCCGGCUGGCACCUGAAAAACUCGUACGUCUGGCAGAGAGACUCAAACUCGUUUAGCGGUCUCAUAGCGUCGCAUCUGCACGAUGCAUCGGUGCCCACCAGCAAGACACCCGUCAUCACACUCGAUCCGUCCGCAUUUCAUGUGGAUCUCACCACAAGUAGGAAGUGCAAGGGGUUUGUUCGCAACAAUCAAAACCCCAACCAAAAUCCGUUUCAAAAUAUAGACGGCGAAGCAGAGGCGUUCUGUGUUGGUGGCAUGGCCGUUCAUUGGACGUGCUGCAUUCCAAGAGAAUGCAUUAAUAUCGAGAGAAGUAGCUUGCUGUCUGAUCGCGAGUGGGAAGCAUUGUACAGCAAAGCUGAGGAAUAUUUGUGUCGCAACGAUGACGUGUUCGAUGAUUCUAUCCGCCACGUGGUCGUGAUGAAUACCAUUCAGCAUGCACUUCCAGACCGUGAUGUACGUAGCCUUCCACUUGCUGUUCAAAGGAAUGAGGGCGAUCCAUCACUGGUGCAGUGGUCGGGUACAGACGUCAUUAUGGGCACACAUCUCAUUGAUAUACUCAACAAACAGGAAGACAGAAAAUUCCGCAUUCUGGUCAACAUUCCCUUCUCAAAAGAGCAUCCAUUUCACUGUCAAAUACACAGAGAUGCAUUCAAGUAUGGCGUCGUUCCAGCCAAUGUUGAUGAUCGACUCAUAGUCGAUCUUCGCUGGUUUGGCUACAUGGAACCCAACCCAGAAAACAGAAUUAAGUUUGAGAACGAGAUCAAGGACAGAUUUGGAAUGCCUCAACCUACGUUCUACUUCAAGCUCAGCGAAGAAGAUGCCAAACGAUCUCACAUCAUGAUCAAUGACAUGACCACAGCAGCUGUAGCUCUAGGAGGUUUUCUCCCGGGAUCCGAACCACAAUUCAUGCCUAUUGGAAGCAGCCUCCAUCUCACGGGAAGUGUCCGAAUGGGAUCAAAGGAUGAUGACACAUCGGUCUGUGAUACCUACUCUAAAGUAUGGAAUUUCGACAAUCUCUGGGUCGGAAGCAAUGGCGUUAUUCCAACUGGGACUGCAUCUAAUGUAACUUUAACCUCAGUAGCCUUGGCCAUUCGAUCAGCUCGAAAAAUUCUAGGCAAACCAGACCUCAGCCACGACAUAUCAAACAGUGGUAAAGAUCAGUUUUGA